UGAAGGGGACGGUUUCUCUUGGAAAAAGCCUGGGAGUAGAUACAGUAUGGCUGUAACUGGGGAUGACACAGAAACAGGCAACUCAGGAGACUUGACUGCCUGCCAGCUGCGUAACACCAGCUCCAGCCUCCCACAGGAGGUGGCGGGGGCCAGCGCUCACAGCUCCCUGAAACCAGGAAACACCUUAAUGAAGAGGGAGAUCCGCUUGAUGAAGAACAGGGAAGCCGCCCGGGAGUGCCGACGAAAGAAGAAGGAAUACGUCAAAUGCCUCGAAAACCGCGUGGCCGUGCUCGAAAAUCAAAACAAGACUCUGAUUGAGGAGCUUAGAGCCUUAAAAGUCAUCUACCGACACAAAGUGGAGUGAUUCCUCUGAUUGUGCGGACUGCGUCGGCCUGCUUCUGUGGGGUGACUUGAAGAUUUUGGUUUUGCUUACACAGACACACAUGCACACACACGCACAAAUCCAUCCUUGUCCUUGCUGUAAAAAUGUGUUUAUACGAUGAUGUCAAUGUUUCUGGCUCUGAAUUCUCCAGUGCGUCACCACCAGCAAAAACAAGAACCUUGUGUCAGGUCAGGGCUAUUAUCACUGAAUUUUACAAGGAGCUCAUGUCCCUUUGAACAGGGAUGCUUCCAGAAAAUGCAGGAGGAGAAAGAAGGAAUACAUGCACGGAUCGGAGAGAGACACAACACUUUACUAGAGACAGAGAAUGAGAUGCUGAAGGCCGAGCUGCAGCGCUGGAUGACACACAACAUUUGAUUGCGCAGCCUAUGUAUGACACCAAGGCCUCUGCAGUUACCACUAUAACUGCACUGCAUUUUACAUUCCUUUUUUUCCACAUAAUUCUCUAUUAAAAUAGGCUCUAUUCAAAUAUGGCCUCAAUUGAUUGUCUUUGUGAUGGUCUGUUUUGCUAUGGAAAUGCUGCAGGAGCCAAAUGUUCACAGGGAAUCGGGGCUUCUCAGGGCAAUGUUUGUGUUUAAUGUUACUCCCCUUCAGAAACACAGAUGCAAGCACACCACCAGGAAUCAACAUCCACUGCAUUCAUCACCAAUAUCUCUUUGUAUUUAAUGUAAAGACCUACCAGGAUCUUUUGUGGCAUUAAUAUUUACUUGGGCAGAUUCACCCUGUAUUUUUUAUAUUUUUUAUUUAUAGCUUUGAAUACCGGUGCAUUGUUUGUCUAAAAAAAAAAGAAAACGAGUAUUUAUGUUAAUAUGCAUGAGUGUAUAUUUGGUUAACUAAUACACACAUUCGUGGAAUUAUAUUAACUUACUGUAUACGUGGCUGAAUUUAGAAGUUAUUUGUUUCACUUCUCUGUUGGUUUCUCCACUGCAACACCUUAGCUGUUGUCAUGUAAUGAUCACUCCUUCUGAUAUACAUUGUUUGUUAAUGUAUUUGCUUUAAUAAAG